GUUGUAAGGAGGCGGCGGCGGAAGAUGCGGCAGGAAUCGCUGGCGCUCGCUUAGCAGCCGUCGCGAUCGUCGGGAUAUCCCAGCCUUGGUCAGCUCGCAACCUGCUUCAGUCAUGGGAAAGCAGAACAGCAAGCUGCGUCCAGAAAUGCUCCAAGACCUGCGGGAGAACACCGAAUUCUCUGACCUGGAGCUCCAGGAGUGGUACAAGGGCUUCCUGAAAGACUGCCCCACGGGCAUCCUCAACGUGGAGGAGUUCAAGAAAAUCUACGCCAACUUCUUCCCUUAUGGGGACGCCUCCAAGUUCGCCGAGCAUGUCUUCCGCACUUUUGACACCAAUGGCGACGGCACCAUCGACUUCCGAGAGUUCAUCAUCGCGCUGAGCGUCACCUCCCGGGGGAAACUGGAGCAGAAGCUGAUGUGGGCUUUCAGCAUGUACGACCUGGAUGGCAACGGCUACAUCAGCAGGGAAGAGAUGCUGGAGAUUGUCCAGGCUAUCUACAAAAUGGUCUCAUCAGUGAUGAAGAUGCCAGAUGAUGAAUCAACCCCCGAGAAACGGACGGAAAAAAUCUUUCGACAGAUGGAUACCAAUAAUGAUGGCAAACUGUCCCUGGAGGAGUUCAUCAAAGGCGCCAAGAGCGACCCCUCCAUCGUGAGGCUGCUGCAGUGCGAUCCCAGCAGUGCCUCCCAGUUCUGAGCACCUCCCCACUGCCCAGGAGGCUCUGGAGGAGCCCACCUCCCCAAACAGCACCCAACUUCACCGGGCGUCUCCGAGGAAGUCACCAGCCUCCUCCCGUUCCUGCUUGGACAUCAGAGCAAGGAGCACCGGCCAGUCUACUGAAUUUUUUUCUGACUCACAGAUAUUUUUCCUUUCCCUCCUCCCUGAACACUGUAGCUUGGUGUGAAUGUGACACGACAUGGGAUGCAGCUGAGGGGGUGGGUGGCAAAGCUGGAGCCUGAGGACCAGCCGGUCUUCUGUCAGCCCUCCAGGUUAGGGUCAGCCAAAGGGGCCGCUCGUCUGCAGCUGCCUGCUGCCGGCUCAUGGCCCGCUCGUAUUCCCACUGCAGGGCUCCAAGCGCGAGAGCAGCUUUUGCUGGCGAAAGCGAGGUCUGUAGCCUGAGGCACCGGCUGCAAAUGCCAACGAAGCCGAAAGGCCACUGAGAGGAACCCCAGUAUAUGCCCGGACAACUCCCAGUCGGGCAGCAUAUAAAUUUAAUAGAUUAGCAUAAUAAAUUAUUAAAAUGACACUAGGUCAGAUCAGUUAUGUACAAGAAGUAGAAGUCUCUGCUUUGCAUUGUUUAGGAGCAGCCCUGCUGUUUCCAACCAGGGUCUGUGUAAUGCUGAGGAUCAUUUGGAUAAUAAGCACCCUUAGGGCUAUGCACCUGUCAAAAGUGCUUUGGGGGCCCUGUGUUUCUGCACCUCCCUGCUCUCCCUCCCUCCUUUCCUUCCUUCCUUCCCAGGAGCAGAGAAGCACUGGAGGUUCAAAGCAUUUCGUUCCUGCCCAGCUUUGAUCUACAUUCAGUGCCAUUUAAUGUAAACUACCUUAGCUCCUAUGCCGCAGACCCCCUUCAAAGAGUCAUGGCCACACACACACACCUUCUGCCCCACCCUCAUCGCACCCCCUUGCCAUGCGACACAGCACCCCAAAAGGCAGCCGCCCACAGCUUUGGGAGCAGAGGAGAGAGAGAGACCAGCAUCCAGAAGCUGCUUGGUGUGAAAAAUGUAUAUGUAGAAUUAUUUGUUGAUUGUCUUACCUGCUUUUCAUUAUAAAACGAU